AUGGGUGAUUUGGCAGAUCUGGAAACUGAAUACUGUCGAUAUACUCUUGAAAUAAAUGAUAUAAUUAAUUAUUAUGAUAAAACAACUGAAAUCAGGAAGAUGACGCUAAAAUGGAAAGAAGAUUUUAAGAUAUCUUAUAAGUUGCUUACUUGUAAGAUAAGAGUUGUUUACUCGUCCGUAGUCAGUCUUCAAAUUGCUUAUUCGCACAAACACCUUGAGGAUAAAAGAUCGAAUUUAGUAAAACUCUUCUGGAAUCUACAGAAAAUUAUUUUAGAAUCUGAGAUAGUUGAUGAAAAUCCAAGUUGCAAAGGAAUGAUAGAGUUUGAAGGAAUAGGUCUCAACCAUCUUAAGAAGACUUCGUUCAUAAUGCAAGAAAAACAAGUCUCGUCUUAUAAACAGAAUGCCUCCAAAAUCGAUGAAGAAACAGUUUUUAUACAAUCUGAUAAUACAUCAACUCAUCUUUCAUUACAUCCUCAUGAAAAGGAUCUGAAUAAUAUAACUAAUCAAAAUAAGGAAGAUGAGGAAAUGUUAAAUGUAAAAGUUGAAUUGCCAAAUUAUAAAAAGGUGAAAAAGGUGGUGAAAAACACUUCAAGGACUAAGUCUCAGAAAUCGAGAAAUAAAAGUGAAGAUUCUUUCUCAGAGUUACCUUCUUCUGAUAUAGGGCCUAACAAUGACGAAGAGAUAAAUUUUGAUUUCACAAGUGUUGAAAUGAAGUUAUUACGGGAACAAUUAAAUGAGUGGAAAGUCAGUACAGUCAAUGUAUCGCAAAGAUUCAAAAAUUACCAGAUAGAAACACUUGAGAAAGCGAAGAUUUAUAGACUAAAGUGGUGUGACUUUUAUGAAGUACUAGAAUUGUCUUCGAUAAUUGUUUUAAGCUUGCAUUGUCCUUAUCCUUCUCAUAUUUUUACUGGCCAGGAAUGGCAAACGAUUAUAAUUGAGAAUUCUUACAUUGUAGCUGAUUCAAUUCUACCAACGGAAAUUUCAUCUUCUUUAUGGAAUGCAUCGGCCGAUUCCUUAGAAAGAAAGACCGUCUUUUUGUUCAUAGACGAUUCUGAAAUCAGCUGA